CGCGCCGCCACCGCCAUGCGCCAAGCUUUGGCUCCGCCGCGCUCCAGUGCCAUCCCGCUGUCCACCUCGCUCGGGUCUUUCAACAGAAGGAAGCGAAAUUCGCUCUAUGUCACCGUGAGUCUCCUCAUCGUCUCGCUCCUAAUUCUCACCGUGGGCCUCGCUGCCACCACACGGACUCAGAACGUGACCGUUGGGGGUUACUACCCCGGAGCUAUUCUGGGCUUUGGAUCGUUCCUUGGCAUUAUCGGAUCCAAUUUGAUAGAAAAUAAAAGACAAAUGCUGGUUGCCUCCAUCGUGUUCAUCAGUUUCGGCGUCAUCGCUGCUUUCUGCUGCGCGAUUGUGGACGGCGUGUUUGCUGCCAGGCAUAUCGACCUGAGGCCACUUUAUGCCGGACGCUGUCACUACUAUGCCAAAAGUACAACUCAGCCCAAAACCAUUUGCCACCCGCAGCCUCGGAGUUCCUGCAUUCCCAAAAUCAGAACCAACACCUGUUUUUGUUGUGACUUGUACCACUGCGGAAGAUUGGAAAUUUCUGGCGGUUAUUAUGAAUUCAUCGAUGUGAACAGUUGCCAAGAUAUCGUCCAUCUCUACCAUUUGUUGUGGUCGGCAACGGUGUUGAAUAUCUUGGGUUUGGUUCUAGGCAUCAUCACGGCGGCCAUUUUGGGUGGUUUUAAAGAUAUGAUUCCCGCUCAUCCUACUCUUACGUGCACGGUCGAAAACACCCGGCCCACUGUGUCCUAUUACUCUCGACCCCAGGUGGCCUCAUACAACACCUAUCACAGCACCCCUCACCUGCCACCGUAUUCAGCGUAUGACUUCCAGCAUUCCAGCCUCUUUGCAACCUCCAGCCCAUCCGGCCUUCCGGAGGAUCCGCUCUCGUUACCGCCCUCGCCGAGCUUGGUCUGGUCCCCGACCGGUGCUCCCCCUCGUUAUUCCCCACCGUAUUUUCCACCUUCUGAAAAGCCGCCGCCUUAUUCGCCGUAAAGACUGAGAGAAGGGGAAGAGGACGCAAGCCCUUCGAACUUCCCGCAAAUCUUUUGUACUGGAAGAAACGAAGGGACAUGGCCGGACUUUUCCUCAGUUUCCUUUCUCGCGUCCAUCGCUCUUGAGCCAGAGGGUGUUUCCAAAUUUGACAACUUUUUAAGACGUCCAGACUUCCGACACCCACGGCUGGCUGGGGCAUUCUGGGAGUUGAAGCCCACACACCUUAAAGUAGUGGCCAAUUUUGGAGAUCCCUGCACAAGAGGGAUUCAAAAGUGCCCCGGAUCCUUGCUUGUUUUUAAAUGAUGGUGGGAGAUUUAACCGUUGGCCUGUUCUUUUUUUUAAAAGAAGUUGCUUUUUUUUUCAUGGUCCCUUUGAGUGAAUUGCUUGUUAAAGAUAGCAGUUGGCUAUCCAGGAAGAUCUUCGGGCCUUCCGAAAAUGGGCAAUUUGGUUAAACUAUUGGAGGGACCACGCUGAGCAUUUUCUCAAAACUGACAUCGUCUCAAGGAAGUCAGGAGGGCAACUGCAACCCAUACAAUCCUAUUUACUUGGAUAAAUGGACACACAACAGGGAGCAGAACUUGGAUCGACCGAUGGUAGCUGCCAGCUUGAUCGAUUUGUCCCGGAUGACUCUGUGAAUUGGAACCUCUGCCGAAGGGGCACCAUUUCUCCGCUGUUCUUUUAAAGGAAGUCUCAAAGAGUUGGAAUGCGUGGAAUUAAUUCUUUAAAACAGGUGUGGAGAGCGGAGGGAUAGCCAUACGACUAAUCUGCAAAUGGCCAAGAAUGAGUGCAGGGUGGUUUAUGGAUUUCAGAGCUGCUGAUUGAAGAGUCGGCUCUAAUCCUGACACCCAGUGGUAGAUUCAUUGGUAUUGUGUUGGAAAAAGACCAGAUUUCUUUUCUUUGAAAUAAAAGCUAUCCCGGUAUUAUUCAACCAUGGUAUCUUUCAAGAUAGGUGGACUUCAACUCCCAGAAUUCCCCAGCCACAGGGAAAACUAUAUGCUACUGAAACUCUUAUUGUGGUGAUCUCUAACUGGAUGAAACAUUGCCUCGUAGGGCAACUGUUUUUGAACCAAGGUACCUCAAGUGGGCUAAUUUAUACAGAAAUGUGUUCAAAAUCCAAGACCCAUCACUCCUUUAGGGAAGAAAGUUUGGAAAGAUUGUGACUGUUUUGGUACUACCAAGUGCUGCUGCUGCAGCCACGUGAUCUUUCUUUUCAAUGAUCUGUGACAGUUUCCCAGGCAGUCUAGCAAUCCCUUUCUGCCUCCACCUAGCAGCAGCCUGGUACGGAAAAACAAAUUGGUCCCAUCAACAGCUACAGCCAUUAUAUCUAAAUCGGAGGUUUCUUUAAAGAAAAGACU